CAAUGGGAAAUUGAAAAAAUCAAAAUGCUUAAGCAAGUAAUGAAAAAUAUAAAACCAGUGUUUCCUUAUGCUAGGACAUUAUCAUCUAAGGGUCCAUUAAUUGACUUAAGUGUAGACAAUGAUGGAGUAGCAGUUAUGACCAUGCAGAGACUACCAGUGAACAGCUUAAACUUAGACUUACUACAGGAAUUGAGUAAAUCACUUGAUGAAGUUGCCAAAAACAAAACAAAAGCAUUGAUUUUAACAUCAGCAUCAACAAGUACAUUUUCAGCUGGCCUAGAUAUUAUGGAAUUAUACAAGCCAGAUAUAAAGAGAGUAGAAUUAUUUUGGACUACCCUCCAAGAUGUUUGGAUUAAAUUAUUUGGAUCCACUUUUGUUACUGCUGCUGCAAUCAAUGGUCAUGCACCAGCAUUCGGGUGUGUAUUAGCAAUGUCCUGCGAGUAUAGAGUGAUGGUGUCCGGCAAAUAUACAACCGGCCUGAAUGAGACAGCUAUAGGAAUAGUUGCAACACGCUGGAUUAUGGAUACCAUGCGUAAUACGAUAUCACAAAGGGAAACAGAAUUUGCGCUCACAACUGGUAGAAUGUUCACCGUGGAUGAAGCUUUAAAGGUUGGCCUCAUAGAUGAAACAGCAGCUGACAAAGAAGACGCUAUCAAGAAAUGCAAAGGAUUUAUCAAGAAGUUUGACCGAAUCCCUUCUUUAGCCCGCGGUCUCACAAAACAAGGUAUUCGAGCUGAACCAAUCAAGUGGCUACAAGACAACAGAGAAGCAGACACAAAUGUGUUCCUAGGUUUUGUAAAGAAUCCAAAUAUGCAAGAAUCUUUGGAAAUGUAUGUUCAAGCUAUGAAGGCAAGGGCAGCCAAUAAAUGAUUGAUUGUUGCUAUAAGGGUGGAGUUCACGGAAACGAAGAUAAUCAUUGAUUUUAAAACCGACCGAUUAAUGAUAAUGACAUUGGUAAACA